AUGGAUCAAACAAAUCUAACAAACUUCAAAGCAGAGCUGAACCUUACCUUAAACCAGCAUUUAAACGACGGUUUUAAAAUAUUUACCGUUGCAUCAAAAACCGAACAGGGAGUUGGUGUAGUUAAUAUUACAUUGAACGGUCCCAUAAAAGUGGAUGAAGCUUCAGAAAGCUCAAGAAAACCUCAGAACAGACGAUGCGACGAAAACAGCCCCUGCGAGCAGCUCUGCUACGAGUUGCAUGACGGAAUGUAUGAAUGUGACUGUAAAGAAAGGUUUAUUUUAAGAGAAGAUGGGUACAGCUGCUACGAAAUAAAUUCAACGGCAUUGCCUCCGUCCUUAGAAGACCUAAGAUACAACGGUGUAGAAGACAUUUUAUACCAAAAAGACGCAGUGAUAGACGUAGUUGAAUUCUCCCCGCUGAAUUUGUCAGAUUCCAAGGAAAUUUCAAAAUUAUCAAUAAACGUCACGACGCCCCCUUCAAGUCAAAUUAAUUUCACGACGCAAGGCCCUCGACUGGAACAAAAAUUAACAUCGGAAAGUUUAGCCGCGUCUAAGGUGACGAAACCCAUAACGCCUUCGGUGGCUAACGUUACGGUUACCGUGUCGACAGUGAAACCGUGUCCGUUGGACUGUGGUCCCGGCGGGGGCUGCAGUUUAGAAAACGCCGAGGAAUCGCCGAUGUGUCUGUGUCCUUUGGGGCGAGGCGGGGAAAGGUGUAAUGAAGACAAGGAGAUCCAAUCACCUCGGUUUACGGGUUCCAGUUGGCUGGCGUUUCCCGCACUUCGAGGGGCCUACAAACACGUCCAACUUAGCCUGGAAUUGAGACCAGAAGCAUACGACGGCAUUUUUUUCCUCACUGGCGAGAGGGACGACAUGGCCGGCGACUUUAUGGCUCUGUUGCUUCAUCAGGGAUUCGUCGAGUUCCGAUUUGACUGCGGUUCAGGCGUAGGCGUCGUGCGAUCCGAAGAAACAGUUCUCCUAAACCAAUGGAAUCAUAUCACACUCUACAGACAUCGAUGGGACGCUUGGCUUCAACUCAACGGUGGAAAACACGUCCAAGGUCGCAGUAAAGGACUGUUUUCCAGAAUCACUUUCAGGGAACCGCUGUUUAUUGGCGGACCAGGAAAUACUACAGGAUUGACUGAAAAACUGCCCGUCUCGAAGGGAAUGCGGGGUUGUAUAAGACAUCUAGAAGUGAAUGAUCAUACGUAUAAGUUUGCGCUAGAACCUCAAGGAGAAGCUACUAAGGGUUAUGGAAUUGAGGAAUGCACGGCGGACAGAUGCAGUCACGUGCCGUGCCAACAUGGCGGAAAAUGUCUCACGAGCGACAACUCUGCGAUAUGUCUUUGUCCAUUGGGGUUUUCAGGAGACUUGUGCGAGAUCCGGGUUGAUUUACAGGUGCCUUCAUUCAACGGUUCCAGCCAUCUGAGAUACCGUGGUCUAGGAGAAAGUGCUCUGACCUGGCUCGAUCUCGACGUCACGUUCAAACCGACAGCUCCAGAUGGGCUUCUCAUUUACAACGGACAUAGGAUAGAUGGCAGUGGUGAUUUCAUAGGGCUCUACCUAGAUAAUGGAUACGUUGUGUUUACUUACAAUCUCGGGACUGGAUCGGUGUCGGUUAGAAGUCAAUACAGUGUGGUCAUUGGAGAAUGGCAUCAGGUGAGUCCAAAAUGA